GUUUACUUUGCCUUUUCCUUCAAAAUUCGGUUCUUUUUAUUUUCUGGUUAUGGUUUAAAAUUCUUUGUUAUUUUCAAGAAUGUCUAAAGGUACGGGACCCUUGUCCAAGUUAUAUAAUGCCACCGUUAGUGCUGUAGAUAAGUUUGUUCCAAGCGCAGCGCAGCCUUUUUGGCAAUCUCCGGCAGGUCCUCGAACCGUGUUUUUUUGGGCGCCAGCGUUUAAAUGGACCUUGGUGCUGGCAGGUCUGAGUGAUACGCUGAAUCGUCCUGCUGCGAACAUCUCGCUCAAUCAGUGUGCCUCCCUGGCAGUCACUGGAUUAAUUUGGUCCCGGUACUCUUUCGUCAUAACACCCAGGAACUAUAGUCUUCUGGCCGUCAAUCUAGCCGUCUUCUUUAUCCAAGGUUACCUAACGAUAAAGCAUCUGAGAUGGCGGAAUGAGAACACCCGAACUGCGGUGUUUAAUCAUAAUUUUCCUAUCAAAUCGGAAGAUGACUGGUAACAAGCCUCUGGAAAUAUCUACUGCGUUGAAUGAUAAAUUGCUGAUGAAUAAAUGAUUAAAUUAUACAA